GCGCGGAGUGUUGGAAAUAUAAGUAAUAAAUAUUUUGUGUAGAUGUGUAAGCGUUCAUUGCAACAACAUUUGAAUUCUGAGAAAUGGCUAAGAAAUCAGAUAUGGUUGAUGAUAUAGCUCAUAAGUUACAUACAUGGUCCAUGAAAGAAAUGCAGUUCCAUCCACAAGGACAAUACAUCAAUUCUAAACUUCCUGUCUAUGAAGAUUUUAAAGAUAUAUGUCGAGGUCCUAUGGCAGAAAUCUGGAAGUUUGUAACUGAUAAUGUAUAUUCUGUUCAAACUGUAAAGAAAGUAAAAGGAAAUCUAGCUCUAAAAGGCAAGCAGACCCACAAUAAAUAUUCAGUACAGUUUCAGUCUGGUUCACAAUUUAAUGAAGAGAAGGAGAAAUUAUUUGAGGAAAGGACUCAACUGUCAGGACAACUGACAAAUACAAUAUCUGAUGUCAGCCAUCUUGAAAAUGAUUUAAAACGACUUGAAAGAGAUAUCUUGAAAACAGAGAGUGAAUAUAGAAAAGCUGUAGAUAAUAUAGAAGAUCUAGAGAAGAAAUCUAGUCUGUUAGAGAUUUACUCACAACAAUGUCAAGAAACUGUCUUAAAUUACGACCAUUUUACAGAAAAAUUACAUGCUAAAACUAAAGCUAUUACACAAAAGACACAAGUUGAUGUAAGUGGUGAACCAUUAUUUAUAACUAAAUCGAGUGACCAACCAGAUAAACGUCUAGAAACAGUUUGUGGGAAAAAUGUCAGAGAAAGUUGUGAAAAGUUUGAGGAGUUUUUACAUGAUACAUUUAAAGGAAAUUUUUCUUCAGACAAGACAGUCUUUCAGAGCAGGAAAGAUCACCUAUGGAGUGAAGUAGAGAAGGUAUUAUCAGAGUUUCUAACUAUACAGAUAGUUAAUGGGUUGAUAGUCAAUACACAAGAUUCAUCACUAAAUGUACGUGAUAAAACAAAUAAGAUUAAUAUUAGAAAAGAUGCUGAGAACCUGAGAUUUCAGUAUGGUAAAGGGGAGUUAACUGAUGUUUCUUUACCUUCUUCAUCUCUACACAGUGUUAGACAAUUAUUAGAGCAAAGUCAGUUAUUACAUGUGAAGAGAUUUAUGGAAGCUGAAAAACAUAAGAACCAGGCGUGGAGAGGUGGUCAAAGAUUAGAUGAAAUAAAGAAAGCUAUAGAUAAAUUAUUGGUACAGAGAUUUGAACAGAGACCAGGGGAAUUAAAACUAGCUAGGACAUUAGUUGAAACUAACCUUCAGUUAUCAGCAGAUAGAGCUGGUCUACAUUCCUUACUAGCAGAAUGUGAACAGCUUAGAGAGGCCAUAAAUAAAGGUGUACAGGAAAGAGAGGUGUUGCAAUCAAAGUUCUUUAAAAUCAAAACAUUUAAAGAAUUAACAGAACAAAAACAGAAUUUGAUACGAGGAUUAGUAAAACAGAAUUUAAAUGCUCAAUCAAGAUUAGAAACACAGAAAAUUGAGAACACUAAUUAUAUAGAGAAAUCUUUAUCAUCACAUUAUACUACUACUGUAGCUGUUUCUAAUAGUUUAAAAAGUCGUGUUCAACAAGAAAUAGAUAAACUUUCUAGCUUGUCUCUACCUUAUUUAAUGUUUCUACAUCUUGAUAAUGGUACUAGAGUAUCAGCAUUAGAUCUUUCAAUAAAUCACUUCCACCAUCCUGAAUGUAUGUCAGUUAGACGUUCAUUACAAGAAUUAUUACAGUUAUUACACUUUAAACCAUAUAAGGCUCCAGAAUGUUUAUUGAUUUGGUGUGAGAAAUUAAAGAGUGAUAUCAACCAUUAUAAUCAUCUAGUAGAAAGUCAGGAUUCUGCCAGUCAAAGAGUCUAUGGACCUCAUAAAGACAAAAUUGAUACCAUUGAAAAUAUCACAGACCUAUGUCAACAAGUUAGUGAACAUGAUAAAGAACAGUCAGAGAAACUCUUACCAGCUCUACAGAAAUCUAUCUCCACCUCAAAAGCUGGGUUAGCUGAAUGUAGCCAAAUUAAAGAAGACAUACAGGCUUGGAUAGAGCAACCAGCACAGUUUACAACUCCAUGGGUUAUACAAAAUGGACAGACCUAUAAAGAGUGGUUAGAGAAAUGGACAGUUCUUUGUACACGUCUUAGAAAAAUACAAUUACAGCAGAGAGAUGGAAAAUAGAUAUUUUGAAUCAGUUUUGAACAGGGUACAAAGCAUCUUCAUCUCUGUCCUGGACAGCAAGAUUAUAUCCUUAAUUGAUAUGGAAUCAUUUCCUAUUUACUUGUUAUUCCGCAAAGUGUCACAUGAUUCAUGAUCCUUAAUGUCCAAGGCAAUCUUGCCUUUUUGCUCUUAAUCAUCACAAUAGCAACAUUGAAGAUUUAGAAUCUAUUUAUUACAUGACUGUAUAUACAUGUAUUACAAUACUAAAUAUAUAAAAUCCAAUGAAUAAAAGACCUAUAUUUUCGCAAAUUACAGAAAGCUAUAUAUUUGGAUUCCCCAAACUGUAUAUGAAUUGUUUUUCAAUGUGUACUAUAUUUGUUGUGUUAUUGAAUAAAAUAUCUUAAGUC